AUGUCGACUCAAGCAGAACAGCAGCAGCAGCAGCAGCAACCCGUCGUCGUUUACCCGAGCAGUGUGACAUUUCAAACAGCGCCCGCGUCUCAUUCAGAUCCAUCCGGGGGAUCAUUUGUGGCAGUUUUCAUAGUGGUGGCAAUAAUCAUUGUUACAUCAGCUAUCUCUUGCUUCCUCGGCAGAUUCUGCAGUCGGCAGAUGAGUCGAAAGAAGCCGGCCAAGGUUGAGCAAAGGCAAUCUGAUUUAUGUCCCGGAGAAGCCAAUAUCGAGUUUGGCUCCGAUGGGAGGAUUAAUCCUGGUGACCGUGGUGAAACCGACAAAGGGUUGGAUUUCAAAAUGCCUGGAAAUGGAGAUCACAGGGAGUUCAGGGUAAGGGAGCAUGUGGAGCCAGCUGAAUUCGGAGUUCCUGGAAAUGGAUAUCCAGAGUUGAGAAUGCCUGAAAAUGGGGAUUAUGUACGAUUUAGAAUACCUGGAAAUGCUGAUCCCGUAGGAUUCAGAAUGCCAGGGCAUGGAGACUUUAAUGGUGAAACUAAGCCUGUUGAUGAUGGUAGUGAAGCUUUAAAGGCCGGUGCUUGA